AUGCCGGGCGGUGUCGUGUUUCUGGUUUGCAUUCCCACGUCGAACUACGAGCACCAGCUCAUCUUCGGCGUGCCGAUGAAACGGCCCAGGCACGAGACGACGGGGAAACCGGUGCCUGCGCCGAGACUGGAUCUGCGUAUCAGGGAAGCGAGAACGAGAACGCAGCUGUUGACGCUCGACGACGACGAUCCGGAGGAUCUGGACGACGUCAGCGACAAUCUCGACGACAGGAGCUAUUCUCGUCCUCGGAGACUCGGCGUUUCCGGCCAACGCGGCAGAGAUCCGGUUUUUGUGUCGAUGGAAACGGUGUUGGACGAGUUGUUGAAGAAGCUCCGAGUGGAGCACGUGGUCUGGUGCAAGGACAAAGCUGACAUGUACUACGAGGUGAUAUUUCCGGUACCUGCAGGCGAGCCGUGCGAGAAUUGCUUGCACUGUCUGACGGAAAUGGGGAUCGGCAUGAAAAUGAACUCCAUAGUAAGCGUGAUUCCGACCCAGUGCACGUACAGCGGCUUGCGCAGCGUCGGUUACGCCUCCAUUAAGGACGACUUGGCACGAAGGCGAAAGGAAUCGGAGGAGAGAAAGAACGCCUGGAGGGCCUUCGUGGAAUCGAUACGCUCGAAACUGACGGUGAAGCAGGUCGUGGACGGUGUCAGAAGCGGGGGCGAUCUCACCUUCGAUUACGUGUUGCUCGUGCUGACGGCGGACUGCCUGGCCGCGUUGGGCCUGAUAGAGAACAGCGCGACGAACGUAGUGGCGGCCAUGUUGGUGUCCCCUUUGAUGGGUCCCGUAAUGUCGUUAACCUUCGGCACUAUCAUAGCUGACAGAAACCUUCAGUUCGUCGGUCUAAAGAGCCUGUUGCUCGGCAUAUUCGUCUCGAUCCUGUUCGGAUUCGUAUUCGGCCUAAUUCUGGGCACAACGGAGAUGCCUUGGGGUUACAACGACUGGCCGACCGACGAAAUGAAAGGCAGAGGCAAUUACAGAUCCCUUUGGAUGGGUGUGUUAUGGGCCCUGCCAUCUGGCACUGGCGUCGCCGUGGCUUUAUUGCAGGGGAGCAGCGGACCCCUGAUCGGAGUCGCUAUAUCGGCCUCUUUAUUACCGCCGGUGGUAAAUUGCGGUUUAUUUUGGGCGCUCGGGUGUAUAUGGUUGAUCUAUCGGCCGAUAAAAAUGCCGCACAUGAAGGGCGAGUCCUACACAAACUACAACACCUCGUACGUGUACGUGUACACCGAUUAUCUGCCAGUGGAGUUCUUCUGCAACGGUAUAAUCAGCGCGUGCUUGACCUUCAUCAACGUGAUGUGUAUCUUUAUCACGGCGAUAAUAGUUCUAAAGAUUAAGGAAGUGGCCGCGCCGUACACGUCCACGCCGGAAUUACGUCGUUUCUGGGAGCACGACAUCCGCCUCGUUCGCGAUAAGAAUAUUUCGCACGAUAACAGCUCCCUGGACUCGAGUUAUUACGAUGGAUUGAGCAAAACGAAACAACGAGUAUUGGAGCAAACCUUAAACGAAGCGGUACGCGAAGCCAUUGAUGACGACACCUUCCGCAAAGUGCAAAGACUCAGUUACGGCCAACCACCGGCUGAUCAGUUUACAUCGAAACUGGGUAUCCACGCCACCAACGGUGCAGGGAAUCUGACAAAUACUGUACUCGUGAACGAAAAUGCACCGAACAGUUUCCGUCCACCGGAAGGUUUAGGAAAUUCUGGCAACACGAACGAAGAUUUGGCGGCUCUCGAUAGAUUGAUCACGCAUCUUUUGGGACAACCGAAUGGCACCGGUGCCGGAAACUUAGAUUCUUGGCGUCGUUCCCUUCGAGCAAGUGCACGAGGUUAUAGACAAUUACCCAGCACGGGUACUGCUGCUGAAAGGGGCCAAGUCGGUACUAAUGUUGACACAACGCCCCUUUAAAACCUAGUUAAUUAAAUUACGUUAACAAAUGCGUGACUAUUUU